AAGACCAUAUGUUGCACAUGUUCCAUUCCAUCUUUGACUCCCAUUAGCUUUAUAAAGUUGCUCAAGCUCACUAAUGAUGACAUAACUACUAUUCAGAGAAGGCGGAAUACUUUUUUCCCACUCGACUCUGCUGUGAAUACACAGCACAGUCUUUAAUGACCGUGAGCGCUGAGGACUCCCCGGUGGCCACGAUGCUGUGGGCUGAUAAUGAAAAAGGGCGGACGCUUCGGUCCGAGCAGCAGACUCUCAUUAUCAUCACUCAGUCAAUGAAGAGCCGCGUGCUGGAAAAGAGAGAGAAUGAAUCCAGAGUUUAAUGUGUCCACACUUUGAUCCUGGACAUGGGAGACGCGCCCACAGCUGCGUGGGAUCACGGGAACAGCAGCGUCUGGGCCGGCGGCGUGGACGGCGCCUUCGUGGCGGCCCACGGCGCCAUCCUUCUGAUCACGUCCGUCGUGGGCACCGCGGCGAACGCGUUCGUGAUACUGGCGGUCUCCCACCAGAAGUCCCUGCAGACGGCGACCAACGCGCUGCUGGUGAACCUGGCCGUGGCGGACGCGCUGCGCUGCGCCGUGGACUGCCCCGUCCUCCUCGCCGUGGUCGUGAGCGUGCACCGCGGGGGGCGCGCGCACGCGGCGGUCUGCGACGCGCAGGCGGCCUCGUUCUCCUUCGGCUGCUGCAUCCAGCUGCUGACGCUGGCCUGCAUCAGCGCGGAGCGGUACCAGGCCAUCGCGCAGCCCUUCAGAAAGAGGCAACGGAGAAGGCGGAUCAUGGUUCUGAUCCCCCUCACGUGGACCCUGGCCGCUGUUCUGACCGUCUGUUGUCUCCUAUUCGUGAAGGACUCGCUUGUAAACGUGAGGUGUCAAGGGUCACAGGGCGCGUCUUCCUCCUAUGACGCCUUUGGACUGUACAUGCUGCUGCCUCUGUGGGCGACCUGCUUCAGCGUCAUCACCGGAUUCUAUGCGCGCAUAUUUGCCCUGGUGAGAGCUCACAAUCGCAAAAUAUUCGACAAAGGCACUUCACUCAUUCCUAACAAAGAGGAGGCCGUAAACACAGACAGGACAAAAGAAAGCGGACGAAAAGAGUCAGCGCGAACGCAGAAGCUCAGCAGAGAUCCUGCUCCACGACGCGUCUCCGUCAGUUCAAAAGGCGGGGCCCAAAAACACACAGGGGCCACGAUGGAGCUGGAAACAGAACGGCGGCACCAGGAGAAAACUUUCAGAAGAGGGCAGUUCAGCGCCUGCGUCACGGACGCUGGAGCGCAACCAGCGAAUGGAGGCGAUGCUGCGGGGGCCACAGAGGCGCCGAGCGGCCUGAACACAGAAAACCAGUCGAACGAGAAGGCAAAAAUUGAAAAGGUGCCCCCCGAAACCAAAGAACCCGGAUGCCAGGGUCCCUCUGCCGCACAGACACAAAACCCUGCUCUGUUGAUUGAGCCCAAAGGGGCAGAAACGUUGCGCCGAGCGCCUCCGCUACCUCCCGAGACGAGCAGCGCCGUGGUCAAAGGUGCGGUUUGCAUGAUGCCUUCAAAAGCAGGACGAGAGCGGGCGAACCAGAGCAAGGAGGGGAAACUAGCCCAGCGGGCGGGCUACAUCAUCAUCAGCUUCCUCGUGUUCUGGCUGCCGCUGGUCACGACCACGCUGGUCAACCUGGCCGUCUACAAACUCAGCCACGCUCAGAUAAAGAUCAUCCAGGACGUGGAGAUCCUGUCGGUGUCUGUCGCCUGCGUCACAUCGCUGAGCGAUCCCAUAAUAUACGCUGCAGUGAACCCUCAGUUCCGCACGGAGUAUUACAGGAUCAAAAGCGGGAUGAGAUCCAUGUUCAAGAAGAAAUGAGAACAUUUCCACGUGACAAGGGCCGUAGUUAAUAUUCUCUGCGUAGCUGAAUACAACAAUUGUUCAUAUUUGCCUCGUCGUUGUUCAAAUGUGAACUAAAUUAAACACCGGGCGUGGGAGUGACUUAUUUUACUUGAGUACAAGAGGCCAAUUAUUUUAUACGCUGCUGUGUUAUCUCAGAUUUUAUGCAGGCUGACUUCGCAGCAGUUACCAACCACGGGCCGGCCCAGUGCAAUCAACCCAGCGGGGGGGCACUCGUCUGUCUCCAGA